CAGGUUUUGGGGGAGUUUGGAGGAAUGUUGACAGGCCCGGAGACAGCCGGACCAGGCCAUUUUCACUUGUCAAUACAUUUGAAAUCAGCAUGAUGAACCAGGACAAACGUUGAGCUCACACUUUCUCUGUGGGCUUUCUGACCAGCAGGUGAAGUCUACCUGUUAAUUACUGCCUGAGUGUCGCUGUCUCACCUGUUCACUCAUCCUCCCACCUCUUGUCUCCACCCACCCCCUCACGGUCAGGUCAUAUAUAUAAAAGAGGGAUGCAGUUUGGACCGCAGUUCUCCCUGGGGACCUCUUAAAACUGGUUUAAGCAGCAAAGGAGUUGUACUUUUAUGCUUUUUGGGUAAGAUGGAUUUUUGUUUUCAACCAUAAACCAAAACUUUUUAGGACUUUAAUCAAAUGAUCUUUUUAUUUUUUUUUUCCUUUGUCUCCCAGUUGAGCACCAGGUGUGAAAUGUCUCCGGCUCUGGCCAGCUCUGCUCCCAGCGAGCUCAACCACUGGUGGACCCAGCUGAGGUUUCGCCUUCAAAACAAAAAAGGAUGGAACGAGAUGUUGGAUGAAACUUUCCUUAUCUACACAAAAAACGUCAGCGACAUCCCUCUGUUCUACGCGGCUAAAAACAACAGCGUCGGCUGCAUCAGGAAACUGCUAAACUGUUCCUCCACCAACAUCUUUGAGAGAGGAGCCCUCGGAGAAACGGCCCUUCAUGUUGCUGUGAUGAACGACAACGCAGAUGCUGCGGUGGCUUUGAUGGAUGGAGCGCCUGAACUCAUCAAUGAACCCAUGACCUCUGAGAUUUUCCAAGGUAUUACUCCCCUCCACAUCGCUGUGGUGAACCAAAACAUCGACCUCGUUGAACAGCUGAUUCGUCGUGGAGGUGACGUUUCCGCACCUCGAGUCACCGGUCUUUAUUUCAAGAAGAGGAAAGGAGGACUGAUGUACUGUGGUGAGCACAUCCUGUCUUUUGCUGCUUGCACUGGAAACCUGGACAUCAUGACCAUGCUGAUGGACAAUGGGGCCAGCACCAGGGUCCAAGACUACAAAGGCAACACGCUUCUCCAUAUUUUGGUGCUGCAGCCCCAUAAGACCUUUGCGUGUCAGGCCAUGGAUCUGAUCAUGACCCGCGACGCAGAGCUGGACCAUAUGAUACCGCUCGACAUGGUGCCCAACUCUCGAGGCCUCACGCCCUUCAAACUAGCAGCCAAAGAGGGGAACACCGUGGUGUUCCAGCACCUGGUCAAUAAGAGGCGAGCAGUCCAGUGGAAUCUGGGACCUUUGACCUCCUACCUGUACGACCUGACUGAGAUCGACUCCUGGGCUGACAGUAUGUCAGUGCUGGAGGUUAUUGUGAGCAGUCCGAAGAAAGAGGCGAGACAGAUUCUGGAGAUUACUCCUGUCAGGCAGCUGGUCUCACUAAAAUGGAACCUGUAUGGAAAACAUUAUUUAAGGCUGCUGCUGUUAGUGUACCUCCUGUACAUCGUGACAUUCACCCUGAUUUGUGUGUAUCGCCCCCUAAAGGAUGCUGGGAGGAACAUCUCUAGUGACGACCCCAUCAAAACCAUCCUGAUCCAGAAAACUCUAAGUGAGAGUUAUGUGACCUACGGGGACAGUCUACGGCUGGUAGGAGAGAUCAUCAGCCUCGUGGGAGCGAUUCUAAUCCUGGUUCUGGAGAUCCCAGACAUACUGAGGGUGGGAGCAAAGCGUUACUUUGGUCAGACAGCUCUCGGAGGACCUUUCCACGUCAUCCUCAUCGUCUACGCUAUCCUGGUGGUGCUGCUGACUGUGCUCAGACUCACUGAGAUGCAGGGAGAGACUGAGAUAAUGGCGAUAGCUUUGAUUCUCGGCUGGUCCAAUGUCUUGUUCUUUGCCCGUGGUUUUGAAAGUCUUGGUCCUUUUGUCAUCAUGAUCCAGAAGAUUAUACUUGGAGACCUGGUAAAGUAUAUGUGGCUGCUCAUCAUCAUGCUCAUGGCUUUUACAACCUCUAUUUGGAUGGUGUACAUGACCCAGGAUCCACUCUCCUUGUCUCAGUACCGCUCCUUCCCCUUAGCUCUCUAUUCCCAGUUUGAGCUCUCUGUUAGCAUGAUUGAUCUCCCUAUGGAUAACAGCAUCCAGAUACCCCCAAUCAACCAAGUGAUACUUGCCGCCUUCUCUGUGAUCUGCUGUACCCUGCUGCUCAAUCUGCUGAUUGCCAUGAUGAGUGACACACAGUGGCGAGUGGCCCAAGAGAGAGAUGAGCUGUGGAGGACUCAGGUGGUGGCCACAACUCUGAUGGUAGAGAGGAGGCUGCCUCGCUGUUUGUGGUGUCAGAUCGGAGUGUGUGGGCUUACCUACGGCCUGAAGGAGCGUUGGUAUCUCAGGGUGGAGAACAGAAACGAUAUGAUGUUGCAAAAAAUGAGGCGCUACGUUAAAGCUUUCUCUAAGGAAAAUGAAAAUGAAGAGGGUGAGGAGAAAUCAGAUGCAGCAAACGGAUCCCCGAUUCUUCGAUCUGAAAGCAAAAAUGCCAGAAACAAAAAGGCGGUGGCAGCCUGGGAUGUGGUACGCCUCAGCACUUUGGGUUUGGACAUGGAGAUGGAGAUAGAGGAGCCAGAAGACAUAAAGGAAAUAAAAUAUGUUUAGAUUGUAAUUCUGUCUGAUAUAAAUCUG